UAUGGAGAAGAGUGAAGAUGAAAGCAAAAAUAAAAAUGAACAAAACGUCUAAGCUUUCUACAUUAUUUAAUGACAAAAAAGUAACACGAGAAUAAUGCGUUUGGAUAAUAAUUAACGACUGAUUAGAGAAGUAAUGGUCUCAAAAGCAUAUCCUCUAGAAUCUUCUUGUUGACCGACGACCUGAGUCCACAUGGCAGCCUCCUGGUCUUUCCGAAGACACCGUCCUUGUCUCAUUCUUCACGUUUGUUUAUAAACACAAGAAAGAGUAGUAGUCGUCUCUCUGUAUAAUAAUAUUCUCAAACCAUUUCGGCGUUGCUCACCAACCUGAUUUCUCUUCUGCUUUCACACACAACUCGUGUCGUCUUUUUAAAACAGGAUAUAGUUCUUUGUUUGUCUCGGGGUUUGUGGGGGUGAAAAUGGAGAACAAGAACAAUCAUGGAAACGAGGAUGGUCCAAAACAUAGCCAAGUGGUGAAGAUAAAGAGAGAAUUUGAGAAGAUAAGUCAGCCAUCGCUGCAUCAACCGGAGAUGAGAAGGGUACUUUCCAAGAUCAAGAGGAGUCAACGUUCACGUUCACCACUUGGCUUAGGAGAGAGAUCUGUUUCUGUUGGCAACUAAUGAUUGUUUGCUUUUGUAGUCGUUCCUUGUUGUAUAUGUUCUAUGUAAAUACGCUUUGGAUUGAAUAUGACCGAUGUAUAUAGAUCUGGAUUUACAUGAUAUGUAUGUAAGAUAGAGAUAUUGUCACUAUAAAUGACCAAAACUCAUUGAGAACAAAA